AUGGAAUUUGGUGGAUUUCUGGAAAAGUGGCGCGAGUACCUGAACGGAGAUGCACCUCGAACAGACUCACACCUGAACCAGGCCAACAAUGAGUACAGCGAGGAGGACCUUCGAUGCGCAACGCAAGGCUUCGACAAAUCCUGCUUACUGGGCUCUGGGUCUUUCGGCCAGGUGUAUAAGGGGACUAUGAAUGAUGGAACCGAGGUGGCGAUCAAGGUCCUGCAGGUGCCAGAAGAAGGUGGCUUUGAAGACGAGGUUCGCGUCCUGUCACGUUUCCGACAUCCGAACCUCGUAAUCCUGAUGGGCUUUGCCAGGCACGCCGCCACUGGAUGGCGCAGCCUCAUCUACGAGUUCUGUGCUGGUGGUGAUGUGGCACAAAGACUAUCACGGAGUCGGCAUCGCAAGGAGCUUUUCGGUGGCCGAGAACGCCUCAGCGCUGCGCUCGACGCGGCUUGCGGGCUCUCACACCUGCACAAUAUGACCCCAAGGGCCUUUCAUCGCGACAUCAAGUCGCAGAACAUUUUGCUGGAUAAAAAUGGCACGGCCAAAAUGGCGGAUUUUGGUCUUGCAUGCUUGUCCAGUGCUUCGCAGCACAAGGUGCACCGAGUUGGUGGAACUGUGGGCUACGCUUGCCCAGAGUACCUCCGUACGGGCCUCAUCACCGAAGGUGCCGAGGUCUACAGCUUUGGCAUGGUGCUUCUUGAGCUGCUCACUGGUGUGCCGCCUGCUAUCUGCCGGCCGGGUGGCCAGUCAGGGGAGUACAACUACCUGGUGGAUUGGCUGCAAGGAAGUUCGGAGAAAGUCCAGCAGAUGCUGGACCAGACUGCAAGCUUUGCCCCGCGCACCGCUGAGGCAAUGAGCGAGCUCGCCUUCCGUUGCACUCGCCUUCCGAGUACGGAGCGGCCUUUGUUUAAGCAGCUGGUCGAGGAGCUGCGCAAGUUGCUCUCUGCCUUAGCGGAAGUUGGGCGCCCGACGGAGGUCGUUUCGACACCCGCGGUUGCCGCAUCUCCGCCGAGCUCGGAGUUGACGCAGGCUUUCGCCAAAGGCACUGCUGUGGAGGCGCCCUUUCGCGGGGGACCGCUAUGGUUCCAAGGAUGGGUCGUGAACCACAAGCAGAACGGCAUUGCUGUGGUGCGAUACAACGACGGCCGGCCACCUAGUGCUUGGUGCCAGGAAGAAGACGUGCCUUUCGCCAGCCUUCGCGGGGCUCCCGGCGCUUCCUAUGUGGCGCCGACGCCGGCAGUGGCCGAGAUAGGGCAUCCGCAGCUUGGAGGAGUUAAGGUAUGCCGAGGGGGUCGCCUUGAGCGCGUUGCCGGAAGUGUCAAGUCCUCAGAGGAGAACAUUGUGAUUGGGCAGGUCAACAUUGUGAUUUGGGCUUUCGAAGUGAGACGUUCGUGGUUUCAGGUUUGCAGAUGCCAUGACUAUUUCUUUUCGCUCUAUUCGGCGCAGCUGAUCUGGAAAGACGUGCAGACGAGGGUGUCUCGGAAGCACUUCAAGCUCUCCUGCCGCAUCUUGUCUUUGGGGGACGGCCGCAGCCAACCCGCCUGGUUCGUGAGCUGCUUGUCCCGAAAUGGGCUCCUGGUGAACGGAAGUUAUGUGGGACCUGAUGCGGAGCAGCGGAUCGAGCACGGUGCUCAACUGGGGCUUGGUGUUGAAACUCUUGCGCCUAGCAAGUCGCAGCCCGCGAGUAUGGCGUCUGUGGCCACAGCGGCAGCAUGGCGGCCUCCGGCUGUGAAGCCUUUCUUAGUCUUCGAACUGGAGGUGCUAGACCAGACACAGAGGGCAGAUCCCAAGACGAUCAUGCCGGUG